CAGACUAUUUAGUGAGAGUGAUUAGGUUUAGGUUAGUUAGUGAAAUUUUCUCUAAAUUUAGAUAACCCAUUAAUUGUGUUGAUUCCAAUUUCGUAAGUCACAAAUGUAACUAGGCCUAAGCCCAGGUCUCUCCACUUUUUAUUUUCGACUUUUAGUCUAUAAAGAUAAAAUGCUUAAUUUCUUUCAACCCUAACCUCACAUAAUAUUCUAUGUGUUUUGGUUGUUUCAAUUGUAUUGUUGCUUAACUUAUACAUUGAUGGAAUGGAAACUGGAAAGGUUAUGUUUAUCUUUAUCAUUUUAUGAAGAGUAGGUAAUCUGUUUGAACCAUUGACUAUUGAACUGCUUUAAAACUAGCCUAUUUUCACAUUUUCUUAGCGCUGUUUUAAUAGUUCCAAGUUGUGAAAAUGAAAAUGAUCAUCCCAACCGAGUGUGGGAAUUUGUACUCAAUAAUUUUAAUUUUAUGCUUUGGAAAUGUCUAUGUUCAAUCUGGUGAAAACAUUGGUUGCGGUUGUAGUGUAACAAACCGAGAAUUUGUAAAGCAGCCCUUAUAUGACACAUUCAUAAAACUUGUUGAAUACGGGAGACCUCAUGAAAAAAUAUGUCCAUCUGUAAAGUUGUUGUCUUCACCGAGAUACAAAAAUAUGGCUUUCAUAACAGGAGGGAAAUAUAUGAUGGGAACAAAUGACCCAAUUAUUAAAAUGGAUGGCGAGUCACCAGAAAGAAAGGUCAUGGUGAACGAUUUUUUCAUGGACAUUUAUGAAGUAAGCAACAGUGAUUUUAAAGAAUUUGUUGAUAGUACUGGCUACACAACUGAAGCAGAAUCUUUUGGUAACUCAUUUGUGUUUGAAAUUUUAAUAAGUGAGGAAACCAAAGCAAAGAUUAAACAAGCUGUGGCAGCAGCACCUUGGUGGCUACCAGUGGACGGAGCUGACUGGAAACAUCCUGAGGGGCCGGACUCAAAUGUUGACAGUAGAAUGGAUCACCCAGUGGUUCACGUGUCAUGGAAUGAUGCUGUAGCCUACUGCAAGUGGGCUGGUAAACGGUUGCCUACAGAGGCGGAGUGGGAAUAUGCUUGCCGCAGUAACUUACACAGGAGACGCUACCCAUGGGGCAACAGUGUCUUACCUAAAGGAGAGCACAGAAUGAACAUCUGGCAAGGGGAGUUCCCCCACAACAACACAGCAGAGGAUGGUUUUGUAUCAACUGCUCCGGUUCAUCAGUUCCCCAACUCCAGUUUGGGGCUGCACAACAUGGUGGGGAACGUGUGGGAAUGGGUUAGUGACUGGUGGACUACCAAACACAAACCAUCAUACCAAGUCAACCCAACAGGACCAAAAUCAGGGGUGGACAAAGUAAAGAAAGGUGGGUCCUAUCUUUGCCACCGUUCAUACUGUUUCCGCCACCGUUGUGCGGCAAGAUCACAGAACACUCCAGAUAGUUCUGCAGGGAACCUUGGCUUCCGAUGUGUGGCCGAGCCCGACAAGUUCAAUCUCGACCAAGGAACAUGACAAAGGCGUCAGGUUGUUUUGUAUGUAAAUGAAUAAUGUUCACUUAUACCUAUGACAUUGUUAUAUUAAAAAUUGUAUAUAAGACUAAGUUACCACCAAUAUUCUUUUUAGGAGUGGUUUGUGAAUUUAAUAAUGAAUUUUGUACUUUAAAACUUUUACUAUGAGACUGAACUUUUUACAUUCCUCAUGGCUAAUUCUUUUGUAUUUGGGGAAUAUUUUUGAAAAAGAAAAUUACUAGCAGUGGUAAUAAGAAAAAAAUAUGUGUUUACCACUCUGAACACAGGAGCUCAGUAGAGGCAUCCUACCAUUGACUAUAAAUACUAUCAAUGGUAUAUCUAUAGGCCUACUAUUAACCAACGAUCUUGGGCUGAUAAGCUACGGUAUAGGAUUGCUGACCUGAGAGCAUUGCCUGUGUAUACUGCAACUGUAAUGACAAUUUAUUUACAAUGUUUAGAUCAAGACUGACUAGCAAGUAAAUCAGAAUCCAUUGUCCUACUUCUGGAUAUUGAUAGAAAGUAUUUCACAACCACAGACACAGUCAACAAUUUUCAUUAAAAUUGUUAAUUCAAUAUUAUGGUUGAUGUUUUUGUGUUAGGUUAUUACAAGGAUUUUGUAAGGCAGUGAUAUACUUUCUACCGGCUAGCAGGCAUUUGAGGUUUUGUUUUAAAUAAAUAAAAAAACUUAAAAUUCAUCUACCAGGGUAGCUUUUAACACUAGGCACUUUUAUAAUUCUUUUGAGAGUUGCAUUUACUGGAGUAAAAAAGGAUUCCAAAUCCUAUGAUUUGAUUAGUGGCAAAAAAGGGAAAAAAGUUGAAUGAAGGUUGGAACAUAAAAUUUAUAUUUACCCUGAUAUCCUCAUAUAAUUGCUUUACGAUGAGCCUUGUUGUGUUGUAUUGUUUAGAAGUCAGAAGGUGUGUGAAUCUUAACAGAGGUGUGAAUAAUAAUUUGUAAAGUUAUAAUGAAUUUAUUUAUGUAUAAGUAAGUUAACAUAAAAAAUAGUGCUCAUAGAUUUAAAAUUGUCUUUAUUUUCAUCUAUUUUGUUUACUUAAAACACUGUAACAUAUAGAAUAUUACCGAUGCAACUUUGGUCCAAACGUAUUGACAAUGCACUAGUGAAAUAAAAAUGUAUACAGGAUUUUGCAAUAUUUACUAUUGUUUUUAAACUCCCUAUGAACAAAGCCAAAAUAUAUCAUCACUAGGGCGUAGCGUGACUCUUUUUACCGGAGCUCAAGUAAUGCGAUCGAGGUUGGAAAAUGGGCUAAGAAUUGAAAAGACACUUUGUGUGCGUGUAAUGUACUACCUACCUUUAUAUACUUUUUGUCACAUUACUCCAUUAUUUAAGCAUACAAAUGUACAAAAGAAAUUAGUUUUCAUGUAAAGAUAACCUCCUUAAACGACUUCCAGCUUGUUUUCAAGCUUACCAAUUAAUGCAAACAAGCAGUGGUUUAGUAAAUGAUUAAUUUAUUACGAUUGUGUUAGAGUAGGCUACAUUAUACUAUAGAUAUGUCGAUUGACAAGAAUUCCAUAACAAGCUACAACCUUGAAUUAAUCAAUACAUAAUUUUGAUACAUGUGAUUGCUUACAAUUGAGUUUAUAACAGCUGACAUUUACUGCCUAGGGACUAAAAGGGCUUUUUACUCUCUAUGGAGUAAAAAGAACUACUUUUGACCCGCGGUAUUGAUUAAAAAUGGCAGUUUUUGUUGCAGUGUGACUAAAAGAUGAUUUUUAUAAUUUAAUUCAGAGUGAUAUAGAAAAGUUUUUUUGGUAGGGCCUUUGUUCAGAUUCCUGUAUGCAAUAGUUAUUUGUGUAACUAGUGGGCGAAGUGGCAUUUUGCUGCACACGAGAGAAAUGUUUAUGCACAAGCUGUAGGCAAGUGUGGAAAGUUUUUCGAGUGCAGUAAAGGCAGUUUGCACUCGUGUUGGACAUUAUAUUUUUCCUACUGUUACUACAAAUCAUAUAAAUAAUUAGUCUUUCAAACACUGUACAACACGCUUUUAGGUUAGGUUAAAUCCAAACAUUGAACGAAGUGGGAAACGUUGCACCAGCUGAUCGUAGUUGUAAUAUCUUUAAGUGUUGCCAACUUAUUUUCAAGCGUACAUGAAUUACGUGCAUAAUAUAAGCACACUGUUUUGUAUUGUUUGGUUGGAAUACUGGUGUGCGCCAAAGUUUGGCUUUCUGUACUAUAAUCUGUGCAAGGAAGCCCACUUUGUCGGGUGACUGUAGGGAAAAAGAUUUAGUUGGUAUAUUUCCAUGUAAUGAGAGGUUCUUGACAUCAGAAAAAAUUAAAUUUGGUCAAGAGGAUAUCUCAUUAGAUUAAUCUUAUUCCCAAGUUUGCUUUUAAAAAAUAUUGUAAAUGUAAAAAGUAAAUGCCAGUUUCAGUCAUGUGUUACAAACUAAGUUACCUUUACGUACAACUUUUAAUGGAGGGGUUUCUUCAUAUCCUUUGUCCAAUUCACUCUAACAAUAGUAAUAUUUUUGUAUUGUUGUGUGACAAAUGCUUUGGUGAAUGGUAUAUUGGUACAUCACUUUAAGUUAUAUACCAUAGUCGUAGGUACAUAAUGUUAAAGUUAAAAUAAAACCUUGAAAGAAUAUUGUACUUAUAUAUUUAUUUAAUUUUAUCAGUAUUAUUAAUCUAAGGCUAUGUAUGGAUUGAAAAAUAAAAUAAAAUAAAACACGA